AUGAGUGAUACUAGUAAGCUAGUGGAAGUCAGACAUGAUACUUAUGAUUCAAAUAGCUCAACACAUAACACCCAAAUUGAACGCCUUUGGGUGGAGGUUGGCCGUCAGUUUGCCCAACGAUGGAAGGCAUUCUUCACACGCCUCGAACAACUUCAUGGCCUGAAUCGCAAGAAUCCCCACCACUUGUGGCUCCUGCAAUUUCUUUCCCUUGAUCUGGUCAACAUAGAUUGUGAAAUAUUUAUGGAGGAAUGGAAUCAUCAUCCAAUCUCCGGUCCAACAACAAACCACCAAUCUCCACUAGACAUGCAUUUUCUCUCCAGAGUUGAGAAUGGAGUUUAUAUCACUGAUCCACUUCAUGAUGUGCACCCUGAUAUACUCACCCGAUACUAUGGUACUGGUGGUCCACCACUUUCUCACAUUGAUGACUUGGGAAAAGACACUGACAAUUCUCGAACUGCAUUACAGGAAGAGAUUGCCGCUGACAUGCAAUCAAACCUUCAUGACCAGCCAGUCCCUGUCCCUGAUCACUCAAAUCCAUUUCCCUCUCCUGAAGUAGAGGCCAUCUUUUGCCAAGCCCUUGCUGAUGUGCAGUCUGCAGGUUUGAAGCCCGAUAACUCAUUUUUCACUGCCUCAGAGUGGGCUAUUGAUACAUAUGAAACUCACAAGGAUAUAUCAGUUGGUUUUCGAAAGACAAAGACUUUAUUGAUGAGCCUCCCACCCAAAAUAUGGAUGCCACAGGCUCUCAUUUGGGCACAAGGUCUUUCAGUGUUACAUUACUUGCUAGAAUUAUGA